AUGGCUGAAUCUUAUAAAUCAUAUGUACAGCAAUUGCUGCAUAAUGGAUUAAAAUCACGAAAAAAUUCUUUUUUUGAUCAUAUUGAUGGAAAAUUAUUAAUUGAACAAUCACAGAGAAAUGUUCGUUAUAAAAUUGAACAGCAGAAUCGAAAUAUGGGAAAUUGUAUUAAUUUUGGUCGUGGGAAAUCUUCUAAAUUACAGAAGAAUCAAGUGCCUAAUUCACCUUUAUCAGUUAAUUCACAACAACAGCCGAUUAUUUCACCAUCAUCAGUACAAUUUUCGAUUAAUAAUUCAAAUACUAAUGGAAUCACUACACCUUCAUCAUCAGGUGUUUCAAGUGCAUCAUCAUCAACAACUUCAGCAAUUGUUUUAAAAUCUACUAAUGAAAAUACUCGUUUUCAAUAUGUGGCUAUAUUUGAUUAUGAUGCAAGAACAAAUGAUGAUUUAACAAUAAGAAAAAAUGAUCUACUUGAAAUAACGCUUAGAAAAAAUGCGGCAUGGUGGAAAGCUAAAAAUGAAAAUGGAAAAGAAGGUUGGAUUCCAUCAAAUUAUGUUGCAAAAAAAGAUAGUUUAGAAUCAGAACCAUGGUAUUUUAAAUCAAUACGUCGAAUUGAUGCUGAAAAACAAUUGAUGUCAGAUGUUAAUGAACAUGGAAGUUUUCUUAUUCGAGAUAGUGAAACAAAGAAGACUGAUUUUUCUCUUUCAAUUCGUGAUAAUGAUUCCGUCAAACAUUAUCGAAUACGUCAAAGUGAAGAUGGUCGAUAUUAUAUAGCACGUCGAACAACAUUUCCUAAUCUACCUGAACUUGUAAUUCAUUAUACUAAAACGUCAGAUGGUUUAUGUGUAAAUUUAAGACAACCCUGUGUACAUAUUAUUAAACCUGAACCAGACGGUUUAUCACAUAAUCUUGUUGAUAAAUGGGAAAUAUUACGACGUGAAAUAAAACUAAUUCGACGUCUUGGUCAUGGACAAUUUGGUGAUGUUUGGGAAGGUGUUUGGAAUGAUAAUGUAUCUGUUGCAGUUAAAACACUUAAACCAGGUUCAAUGAAUCCAACUGAUUUCUUGGCUGAAGCUUCAAUGAUGAAACGAUUACGACAUCCUAAUCUCAUCCAAUUAUUUGCUGUUUGUACAAUUGAAGAACCAAUUUAUAUAAUUACUGAAUUAAUGAAAAAUGGAAGCCUAUUAGAUUAUUUACAAAAUCCACGUAGUCGACAAUUGAAAAUUCCAGCUUUAGUAUAUAUUGCUACACAAAUUGCACGAGGAAUGGCUUAUUUAGAACAACAAAAUUAUAUUCAUCGAGAUCUCGCAGCUCGAAAUGUUCUUGUCGGUGAUGAUAAUGUUGUUAAAAUAGCGGAUUUUGGUUUAGCAAGAAUAAUUAAGGAAUAUGCUGGUGGUAUGUAUGAAGCAAAAGAAGGCACAAAAUUCCCCAUUAAAUGGACUGCACCUGAAGCUGCACUUUAUAAUCGAUUUACAAUUAAGAGCGAUGUUUGGUCUUAUGGUAUUCUAUUAACAGAAUUAGUAACAUUUGGUCGUACUCCAUAUCCUGGUAUGACAAAUGCGGAAGUAUUACGACAAGUUGAUCAAGGUUAUCGUUUACCACAACCACCAAAUUGUCCAGCAACACUUUAUACAAUCAUGCGUGAAUGUUGGCAUGCUCAACCAGAAAAUCGACCAUCAUUUAGUACAUUACAAUAUCGUCUUGAAAAUGAAUAUAACGGCGAAAAUCCUGAAUUUAGCAAUUAG